UGGCUGUGACACAAGGUAUACUUAAACUUAACAUCUGUAAUUAUUAAUUAGAUGUUUAUUUUGGGAUUAAAAGUGAUGGUGAAGCCUCACGCGCCGAGGAGCCUCCGUUACGCACAAGACUGAUGGGCGCAUCAAACCUAAUUUUGGCCAAUAAACACCUCAACCCCACCAUUCCUUUCAUACUGCCAGAGCUGGGAGCAGUGGUGUUGGAUGAUUGUGCGUUUUGGAGAAGAGAGGAGGGGAAAUGACAAGACAGGAGGGUGGGGUGGAUACAAACGGAGGAGUCGGGAUGGCAUCAUGUACUUAUCACUGAAGUGGCACUCCAAGAUCCAGCUCUGUUUGGACGUAAAUGUUUUUAUCUCGCUUAAAUAUAGAAGUUUGUGAGCUGCUGACAUUAUGAAUGAAGAAAAUGAGAGCGUUUGUUUGAACAAGUCACUGACGGAGAUGGACUGUUUCAGCAACUUGGAGGACAUUGACGUGACAGCUGACGGGAGCCCGAUUCUGAGAUUCCUCAUCUGCCUUGUUUAUUCUGGAGUCUGCGCUUCGGGUCUGAUGGGCAACCUGCUGGUCAUCUUCUUCAUCAGGGUCAAACAAGAGAGGAAGAAGUCCAGGGUGAACUUCUUCGUGCUCAACUUGGCAGUGACAGACCUGCAGUUCGUGCUCACUCUGCCUUUCUGGGCCGUGGACACCGUGCUGGACUUCAGCUGGCCGUUUGGAGACGCCAUGUGCAAAAUCAUCCUCUCGGUCACCGUGAUGAACAUGUACGCCAGCGUCUUUUUUCUCACUGCCAUGAGUGUGACCCGCUACUGCUCAGUCGCCUCUGCUCUGAAGAACAGAAACGUGCAGAAGUCCUGUUCCACCAAAUGGAUCUGCGCAAUUAUUUGGACCCUGGCCACUCUGGCGACUGCGCCGACAUCGAUUUUCUCAACUGUGAGCAACGUAACCGGAGAAAAACUGUGUUUGUUGAGGUUUCCCGGUGGACAGUACUGGUUAGCAGUUUAUCACAUACAGAAAAUACUUGUAGGUUUUGUAUUGCCAAUGUCCAUCGUGUCCAUCAGCUACAUCAUGCUGCUGCGUUUCAUCCGCAUUCGGAGUAUGAAAACAAGCAACCCCAAACGGAGAUCCCAAGUUACCAAAUCUAUCACCAUCGUCGUGUUGUCCUUCUUCCUGUGCUGGAUGCCAAACCACGCCAUCACCUUGUGGAGUGUGCUGGUCAAACUGAACGUUGCAAACUGGGACAAAGCGUACUACAUAGUUCACACAUAUGUGUUCCCACUGACCGUAUGUCUGGCGCACACCAACAGCUGCCUGAACCCGAUUAUUUACUGCCUCAUGAGGAAGGAGUUCAGGAACAAACUGAGAGGUCUGAUACACAGAGGAUAGUGUUUUUUGGAGUGUUUGUAAAUGAGUUGACAGAGCGCGAAACGUGUUGACAAACAGUAACCAUGACGCACCGAGGGCGCACGGCAAAAAAGGCAUGGAGUGAGAGGGGAGACCUGUCAGAAAGCACCAUGAAGACAAGCAACAUCAUGUCAAGACUAUUUACUCGAUUCUGCUUUUGGAAAAUGUGACUUUCAUCUGCGCUUCUUGUCUUUAAAUGCUCGCGUAAUGUGGAUAAUUUCUAUAGAGAAACCACUGUAGCUAGAUUAGGGCUAUGCGCGUAGGAAUUGCUAGUUUUGUGUAAAAAUAUUAAACUUAUCACCAUUGUGGCAUUGCUUGUUAAAUAACCAUUAGGAGUGAUGUAUCUACAGCCUCAUAACUGAACAGGUGAAGUAGCUGAGCACUUUUUAUUUCCAUCUGUGAAUCUCUUAGCAAAUAAUGUAACCAGUGUACGAUAAGUGUGUUUACAAGACAACCAUGGAAGCAAACUUCACCUCAUCACUUGCUGAAAAAAGGGGAGAAAGUUACAGGUCAUGUUUUUAAGAAGACAUUAAUAAGUUAUUGACUACAACGUGCCAAAAUCAAUGGUCUGGGCACAAAAGAAAACAAAAUGUAUGAAAUAUCAUUGUUGUAAAUACGCAAAACACUGUAUCCAUUUUGUGUGAUAAUAAAAAUAUACUCAAGCUGUCA